AUGGACAGCGAUCUAUUCUCUCGAAGCAGCAGCAUCUCGUCCACUGCACUGUGCUCGCCCUUUGAGCCAGCUUCGGCCGCUGCCUCAUCCAACGGCUCGCCUCCCUCAAGCGCUUCUCCCGGGUUGAUCGACAAGCCUUUCGACCUCGGUGCGACCGUUUCGCAGCCUCAACAGAGCGGCGAGCUCACCGUCACCUCGCCGAUCCACCCAGCAAUCUCUAUCCGGCUGCACCUUCCCUUUCGUGACUUCCUCGAGCGACACUACAUCGUUCAGGUCCGCGAUGCAUUCGUCCAACACCUUGCCACUCUCGACCAGUCAUCCUCGUCAAACGAGUCCGCCAACGAUGUCGCUGUGCUGCUUGCGCAGCUUAUGCUCUAUCUGACACAGAAUCUCUCGUCAUCCGACCACCUCGAGCGACACGCACGCCUCUGCUUCCUUGAGGCAGCAUGGUCCAAACUCAACUCCGACACCCUCGGCUCCAUCGACGUCCACAGCUACGCUCGAUCCCUCUCUGCAGAGACGGCUUCGCUCAUCCUUCGAGCUUAUUUUGAGGCCUACGCGGCUCUGCACACUUCCGGCAUACCGAUUGCCCUCCGCACACCCUCGCUGCUCGAAAGCGCACAAUCACAACAAGCUGGCCUUUAUGCGCUCUUUGGCGGUCAGGGCAACAACCACGGUUACUUUUCAGAGCUUCAGGCUCUUUUCGAUACCUACCGUCCCUUCGUCGAGCCCAUCGUAGCUGCCGUGACAGCUCGCUUCAGUCAACUUCUUUCUCGCAUUCAAGCCGCUCGCACCGGUCCCUACGCCGCUCACAGUCAAGGCCUCGACCUCCUCUCGUGGCUCCAGCAUCGCACCGAGCGUCCUACCGAGGCGUACCUCGCUAGCGUGCCCAUCAGCGCUCCACUCCUCAGCCUCACACAGAUGAUCCAGUUCUACGUCACUGCAAAGUGCAGCGGAAUGAACGUGCCCCAAUUCCGCUCUCACUUUCAAGCCGUCAGCGGCCACAGUCAAGGUAUCGUCUCGGCAACAGCCAUGGCCAUGGCCGUCGACGACGAGCACUACAUCGAGUGCACAGUCUUGGCUUCCGAGUUCCUCUUCCAAAUCGGCAUCACCAGCCAGCUUUGCUACGGCGACAAGAUUGUUGACGAUGAGACAGCGCACGAGUCCAUCCAGGCUGGCUUCGGCCCGCCAUCGCCCAUGCUUGUCAUCAGUGCGCCUGACCGAGCUUUCAUCGAACAGACGGUGUCGAAAUUCAACAGUGUCGUACCUGACCAUCGCCGCAUAUACAUCGCCCUUGUCAAUGCGCCCACCACCGCCGUGCUCGCAGGCCAUGCAUCCGACCUCGUCAGCUUCGCUCGCAGCACCUCUGCAAUGGCGGCACCCGCCAAGCUCGAUCAAGCACGUGUUCCCUUCUCCAAGCGCAAGCCAAGCAUUCGUCUCAAAUUCCUGCCCAUCAACUUGCCCUACCACUCGCCCCUUCUCGCCGGCGUCGAGUUUACCCAAGUGGCCGCCCCCAUCGAUAUGCGCAAGUGGCAGGCACAUCCGCUGGCCAUCCCUGUUCACAGCACCACCGACGGCGCCAACAUGCAGCAGCUCUCCUCGUCGUCGAUCCUCGAGAGUCUUCUCGUGCAGAUGUGCACCGCACCCGUCGAUUGGAUCCAGUCGGUUCGACCGCUGUCCACGACCACCCAUCUGAUCGACUUUGGUACUGGAGGCGCUUUCGGCAUCGGCAACAUCACUGCCCGCAACCUUCGUGGGCGAGGUCUCAGCGUGCUCACCACUUCCGGCACCCACAAGCAGAGCGCAGACUUCUAUCGCCUCGAUCCUCCCGCUCGCGCCCAAGAUUGGGAGUGCACGUAUCAGCCACGUCUGGUACGCACCCCUCAGGGUAGACUCAUGCUCGAUACGCCCAUGUCAAGGCUGCUCGGCAAGCCUCCUAUCAUGGUAGCUGGUAUGACGCCAACCACCGUUCAGGCUUCGCUUAACUCUGCUACCAUGCAAGCCGGCUACCACAUAGAGCUCGCUGGCGGAGGCUUGCACGACGAAGCCAAGCUGCGAGCUCGGGUUCAAGAGAUUCUGUCUCAGGCUCCCGCAGCCUCUGGGUUCACUCUCAACUCGCUCUACAUCAACCCGCGCCAAUGGGGCUUCCAGCUCCCCGCAUGGCUACAGCUUAGUCGCGAAGGCGCUCCUGUCGACGGUCUUUGCGUGGCUGCCGGUAUCCCGUCGCCGGACAAGGCCCAAGAGCUGCUGACUUCGCUCAAGCAAGCGGGUCUUCGCCACGUCUCGUUCAAACCCGGUAGCCUCGACGCGAUCAAGCAGGUCUGCAAGAUCGCCCAGCAGAACCCCAACUUCCCAAUCCUGCUCCAGUGGACCGGUGGCCGUGCGGGAGGGCACCACAGCGCCGAGGACUUUCACGAUCCGAUCGUCCAAUCGUACGACCUCAUUCGUGCAUGCCCCAACCUCGUUCUCGUCGCUGGCUCCGGCUUCACCUCUGCCGAGUCGUUCUGGCCCUACCUCUCUGGUCAGUGGUCGGUCGAGCGCGGCUUGCCUCCGAUGCCCUUCGAUGGUGUACUGUUCGGCAGCUGGGCCAUGACCGCAAAAGAGGCAUCCACGUCGCUGCCUGUCAAGCAGCUCAUCGCCUCGACGCAAGGCUGCAGCGACAAGGACUGGCAGAAGACGUACGAUGCACCCAUCGGUGGCAUCACCACCGUCCUUAGCGAGAUGGGCGAGCUGGUCCACCAGGUCGCAAAUCGAGCUACCCUCUUGUGGUCGGAGCUCGAUCGCGACUGUUUCAAGCUUUCCAAAGAAAAGCAGCUUGCGUAUCUGGCCACGAACAAGGAGCGACUGGUGCAGCGUCUCAACGACGACUUCCAACGCGUUUGGUUCGCACGCGGUGGGAAUGGUCAGGUGCUCUAUGACGUCCAGCACAUGACGUACGCUCAGGUCGCUAGCCGGAUGCUUUCUCUCAUGUACGUCACCUCACAGUCUCGGUGGAUCGACGUCUCUUACCGCAACCUGUUGGGCGACUGGUGCCGUCGCAUCGAAGAGCGCUUCUCGGGGUCCGGCAAGACGUAUCAUCUGCAGUCGUACGCUCAGCUGGAUCGUUCGCCGCAAGUCGAGCUGCAAGCUCUCACCGACCGCUACGCUGGCUGCAAGGACACCUUGCUCACCAGCGAGGACGUCGAGUACUUCCACUCCAUCUGCUGGCGACGAGGUCAGAAGCCGCCGCCAUUCAUCACGCGGCUCGGCGACGACUUUGCCCACCAAUUCAAGAAGGACUCGCUCUGGCAAUCCGAGGACCUCGACGCCGUCGUAGAUGCCGAUCCUCAGCGCGUUUGCAUUCUGCAUGGUCCAGUCGCAGCAUCCAACUCGGCUCCGGUUGACCAGCCCAUCGCCGAGAUGCUGGGAGGCGUCGAGCAGGGUCUCAUCGAGCACGUUCUGAAACGCUUCUACGGCGGCGAUACCAACAACGUGCCCGUUGCCGAGUACCUCGACACCACGGUCGGUGGCAGCCCCGCCACUGUAGGCGAGAUGCGAACGGUAUUGCAAGCCGUUCCCUCGACCAUCAAACUCGAAUCAGACGAGAGCGUGGCUGUUUACAGCGUCAGCUCCGCCUCUGUGGAGAAUCCGACCGCCUUCCUGGACGCAGUGGUUGGUGAGCAGCCAAGCUGGAUUCGCGCGCUUGUUCGCAGCUCCCGCGUCCACUUGGCCGGGCAGCUUCGCGUCAACCCCUUGCAGCGAUUGCUUUCUCCUCGCGAGGGCCAGCUCUUCCAGGUGCACUUCUGCGAAGAUGGACGCAGUGUCAAGCGCCUCCAGGUGUACGGUGGCCAGCGCAGCUACGGCAAGCCUUCGAACGAGUUCCUAGCGCUUGACAUCGUCCGUCGCAGCGUUCUCGAACAUGAAUCGCAGGCUGACAUCGAUGUCUCCAUCUACGAAGAGCGCAGCGGGCAUGCCAUUCCCCUGAUGCUGCAGUUCCAAUACAAGCCGGGCACCAGUCAAUUCCUGAUUCGCGAGGUGGAGCACGGUCGCAACGACCGCAUCCGACGAUUUUACUGGAAGGUGUGGUUCGACGAGGAUAUGCCUGCCGACAAGGAACUCGACGGCGCACACAGCUUUGUCACCGAGCCUCGUCCAGUCUCUUCGGCUCAACCGCAAGAUGGAGGCGCCAUCGCAGUGGACACAACAAUCGCCGCGGGAUGGGAAGCGAUCAUGAAGACGGUGGUCAGCAGCUGCGACGCCGACCUCUUGUCGCUCGUGCACCUUGGUCACGAGUUCCAGACCCUUGCUGACGCUCGACCUGUCGCAUUGGGCGAUGUCUGUUCGGUCGCAGCACGCGCUUCCUCCAUCACCAACUCCGAGACAGGCAAGAUCUUGACCGUCAAAGCCACCAUCUCUCGCGUCGAGGCAGACGAUGUUGAGGCGAUUCCCGUUGCGAUUGUUACCUCGCGCUUCUUCUACAAGGGAAGGUACACAGAUCAUCACCGCUGCUUCUCCGAGACCGACUUUGCCUAUUCGGUCGUCCUCCAGGAUCAAGCCGCCGUCCAAGUAUCCAAAUCAAAACCGUGGCUCGAGCUCAAGCAGCCUUCGCUCGAGCUGGAAGUCGGCGCCACGCUCAUUUUCAGGGGCAAGACGGUGGUACCUCGCUACAGAAACACUCGUGAGAUGCUCGAUCUGCAAGUACACGGCAAUGUGUCCUUUCGCAACGGUGCUGAAGAGGUCGAGAUUGGGCUCAUCGAAUACGAAGCGGAUACGCCGCUCUCAGUCGAUCCCGUCGUCGCCUACCUCGAGAGGAGCGGUACUAGGCUCGAGAACGCCGACGAGUACACGACGGUGCCAGUUGCAAACCCUUACAAGCUCGGCGAGGGCGUUCUUGCCACUCCUCCGACCAACGAGCCGUACUCGCAAGCCUCGGCCGACUUCAACCCGAUCCACGUCAAUCCUUACUUUGCCGACCUGGCUGGAUUGCCUGCCACCAUCGGCCACGGCAUGUCCACCUUUGCCGAGUGCCAGAAGUGGAUGGACGGCGCCCUCAGAUCAACGGAAGCACACGGUAAGGUCGCGGUGCCUCGCUGCACUGCUUUCAAGGCCGACUUUACCGCGAUGGUGGUUCCGGGCGAUCAGCUCUCAAUGCAGCUCCGUCACAAAGCCAUGAGCGAUGGCCAGAUGGUGGUUCAGGUCGACGCAAGCAACCAACGAGGUGAGCUCGUGCUGCAAGGCAUUGCGCGCUACCGACAGCCUCGCAGCGUCUACGUCUUCACCGGCCAAGGUUCCCAGUCUAAAGGCAUGGGAAUGGAGCUGUACCAGCAGAGCGCGACGGCAAAGGCGAUUUGGGAUGAGGCAGAGCAGCACCUCGCUCAGCGUCUCGGACUCAGCAUUCUCGAGAUCGUACGCGACAAUCCAAAGACAAAGACGGUCUACUUUGGCGGCGCUCAAGGCCAGCAGAUUCGUAAGAACUACAUGUCUCUCCAGCACGAGACGGUCGACGAGCACGGUCGCUCGAUCUGCGUGCCCAUCUUCCCAUCCAUCCACGCCAACUCUCGCUCGUAUACGUUCGAAUCGCCCAAGGGUCUUCUCUUUGCGACUCAGUUCACUCAGAUUGCUUUGGUCCUGUUUGAGCUCGCCUACUUCCGCCACUUGCAGCACAAAGGCAUCAUCGUCGAAGACGCUGUUUUUGCUGGUCACUCGCUCGGAGAAUAUGCCGCGCUGGCUUCGGUCGCUGGAAUGAUGCGACUUUGUGACCUUGUUGACGUCGUGUUCUACCGUGGCUUGACCAUGCAGAGCGCGGUGCCAAGGAUCAAUGGACACUCCGACUACGGCAUGGUCGCCGUAGCCCCAAUCAAGGCCUUCCCCAAGAUCGACGACGUCGAUGCAGCGUUGUCUCAGGUCGUCGACCGCAUUUCUCGACAGAGUGGACUGCUGCUCCAGGUUGUCAAUUACAAUGUGCGAAAGCAGCAGAGCGUUGUAGCCGGUCACGAAAUUGCCCUCGCUGCCUUAUCUUUCGUACUCGACAAAUGCGGCAGCAAGGCUUUGUCAAUCACCAACAAGGCCGACGUCGAUGCUGUCGUCAAGGCAGCCGUCGAACAGGCUCAGACCACGGCCAAGACGUCCGGCAUCGAGCUUAAACGCGGUAUCGCCACGAUCCCUCUGGCAGGCAUCGAUGUGCCCUUCCACUCUAAGUUCCUCAGCAACGGCAUCGACCCCUUCCGUCGCUUCUUGGAUUCCCGACUUGACAUCGAGACAGUCAAGCCCGAAGCGCUCAUUGAUCGCUACAUUCCCAACUUGGUUGCCAAGAUCUUCACCCUGGAGCGAGGCUAUAUCGAGCACGUGGCCGAGGUCACACAAUCCCAAGUGCUUCUUCAGAUUCUCGACAGCUGGGACCAGGCUUGUCUGGAUCGCCGUCGUCUCGCGAGGACACUUGUCAUCGAGCUUCUUGCGUAUCAGUUUGCCUCUCCCGUUCGCUGGAGUGAGACGCAGACCCUUCUGUUCCAAGACGCAAGCUUCGAGCGUCUCGUCGAGUUUGGCCCUACGCCCACUUUGGUUGGUAUGGCGAGCAAGACGUUGGCCGCCGAUUACGCCGACAGGGAUCGUAUGCUCGGGUUCAAGAGGAGCCUCCUUUGUGUUGGCAAGAACGAUGCAGACAUCAUGUACAACAUCGACGUCGUCGAAGAGGCCAAGCCCGACCAAGGCGGACAGGAGACACCAAGCUCUGAGGAUUCCGCUUCCGUGGCCGCAGCUGCACCGGCAGCUGAUCCAGUUCUGGUAGCAGCUCCGGCAGCUGCACCCCAGGUUGCGGCGCCUGCCCUGGACGAUGAACGACUCGAUGCUCUUCUUACGGUACGCGCCAUCGUAGCUCAGAAGCAAAAGGCCAAGAUCGCUGACAUCUCGCCAGCUAAGUCGAUCAAGCAGCUGACAGGAGGCCGUUCGACGCUACAGAAUGAGCUGAUCGGCGAUUUGGGUGCCGAGUUUGUCGACUUGCCCGAGCGCGCCGAGGAGCUCACUUUGGAGGAGUUGGCGGCUGCACUCCGCCCUGGCUAUCGCGGCGAGCUCGGCAAGUACACCAACGGCCUUAUCGCACGACUGGCAGCCUCCAAAUUGCCGGGCAGCUUUGGCCUCACAGCGCUCAAGGCUCACCUGGUCGCCAGGUAUGGCUUCCAGAGCGGCCGCACCAACGCUGUCCUGCUGUACACCAUGACCGAGGAGCCAGCCAAACGUCUUUCCGGAGACGCAGAGGCUAUCGCCUGGAUCGAGGCCGUCGCUUCAGUCUAUGCCAAAGACGUCUCGAUCACGCUUCCCGGCGCUGGAGGUGGAGCAAAUGCAGGUGGCGCAGCUUCUGGUGCGACAGCUGUGGUCAGCAGCAAAGAGCUCGUGGCGCUUCAGGCUAAGAUGAAGGCGCUCUCCGAGAAGCAGGUCCAGGUACUCACCGAGCAUCUUGGCGUCGACGCCGAUGCUAGCAUCACUCAGCUGGCCACACACUCAUCCGAGGUGGCAUCGCUGCGCAACGCUCUCGAUAGCGUGUCUGCUGAGCACGGCGACACUUACAUCAAAGGGGUUCAAGGCAUCUUUGCCGCCGCUAAAGCGCGAACGUUCAAGAGCUACUGGAAUUGGUCGCGUCAGAAUCUCGAGGAGCUGUUCGCUGAUAUCCUUCAAGACCGCGUUGGCGACGAUCGUGCUCUUCUUUCUCGCGCUCUUCGAGUCUGGAAUCAGCUUGACGACGUCAAGGUCUUGCAGCAACAGCUCAGCCAGCUACAGCGAUCCGGUAUUUCUGGCUACGAUAAGGUCACGGCGCUGUUCGAGCCGCUGCUUCGCCACGCUGAGAGCGGUGCUCUCAAGGCUGCGCCUCGCUUCGUCGAUCUUUCUCGUCCACUUCGUCCGCACACUCGGCUUGACGACCGAGGGAACAUCGUCUACGAGCAGCUUCCACGCGACGGCGCUGAUACUGUCCUCGACUACGUCAUAAGCAUGGCUUCCAGCCAAGAGUCGCAAGCGCAUUCGCAAAAGGUCAUCUCGACAAGCUUGAUCGACAAGCUCGAGAGUUUGGUUCAGAACGACUCGCGCCCGGACGACGCACAGGUUCAAGACAUCCCAAUUGACUCUCAUCCCGCGCUAUGGGCAGGUAGCAAGGUCAACGGAGCAUGGUCGAGCGAUGACCACCUCACCGAGAUCUACUUCCGUGGCUUGGCAAAGCUGGCUACGACCGGCAGCAGCUAUGCUGGGCUCGAUGUGCUUCUCACAGGUGUUGGUCAAGGCUCGAUCGCCUUUGAGGUGAUGCGUCGCUUCCUACAAGGUGGUGCUCGCGUCAUCGUCACCACCUCGACCUUCUCGCCAGGCAAGAUCAAGAUAUAUCAAGAGACGUACCGUCGUGAUGGUGCUCGCGGUGCUCAGCUGACGGUGCUGCCUUUCAAUCAGGGCAGUUUCAAAGACGUCCAAGCCUUGGUCGACCACGUCUACAGUACCAUGGGCAUUGACAUCGAUGUGCUGGUGCCAUUCGCCGCCAUUUCGGAGAAUGGCCGCAAUAUCAACGGCAUCGACGACAAGAGCGAGCUCGCUCACCGUAUCAUGCUCACCAACGUGAUCCGUCUCAUGGGCUGCGUCAAGAACGCCAAGGAUCAGCGAGGGGUUGUGCAUCGUCCAACUCAGGUGCUUCUCCCCCUUUCCUUCAACCACGGUGUGCUCGGCGGUGACGGGCUAUAUGGACCUAGCAAGAUCGGUCUCGAGACGCUGCUCAACACAUUCGAGAGCGAGGACUGGUCGAGCUUCUUCUGUAUGGCAGGCGCUCGCAUCGGAAUGUGCCGUGGCACUGAUUUGAUGGGAUCCUCCGACAUUGUCGCCGAGUCGCUCGAAACGCAGUCGGGCUGCCGUACCUUCAGCACUGGCGAGAUGGCGUUCAACUUGCUGGGUCUCGUCGAGCCGGGUUUUGUCUCGAUCAACCAGACUCAGCCCAUCCUCCUCGACUUGACUGGUCGAGCUUCCUUGAUGUCCGAGCCCGGUAAGGCCAUGCGAGACGCUCACCAGUAUUGGCAGCGCAAGUCUGACAUCAAGAAAGCGCUCCUUUCGGAAGGACGUCUGGACUUCAAGGCGAUGUCGACUAGCCGCGUUGCGGAGGACUACUAUCGACGCGCUGAGAUCGAGCCUCGAAGCUUGCAUCACUUCGCCUAUCCCAAGCUCGACUCGCAGCAGAUCUGCGAUCAGAUCGCAAAGAGCAGCGGUCCGAUUGACCUUGAUCAAGUCAUCGUCAUCUCUGGGUUUGCCGAAGUUGGUCCUUGGGGUUCAUCGAGGACGCGCUGGGAGAGGGAGUUGGACGACAAAUGGAGCUUGGAAGGACUUGUCGAGAUGGCAUGGCUCACCGGCCACAUCAAGCACUUCAACGGUCGACUGGCGGACGGGCGUAGCUAUGUCGGCUGGAGCGACGCCCAGACUGGCGAGCCUGUCGCCGAUUCUCAGAUGCGUUCUCGGUAUGCACGACAGCUAGAGCAGCACGCAGGAAUCCGACUGGUCGAGCCAGAGCUCAUGCACGGCUUCGAUCCCGAGCGUAAGGUUUUGCAGCAAGAAGUCGAGCUUACCCACGACCUUGGCCCGCUCGAGGUAUCGGCCGCAGAGGCCGAGCGUUUCCGACUCGCUCAUGGAGACAACGCGGUCGUCUGGCAAGAGAAGGCCACCGACUCGUGGCAACUCAAGCUCAAGAAAGGCGCCAACGUCUUUAUCCCCAAGGCGAGGCGUUUUGACAGGCAUGUGGCCGGCCAGCUGCCCACCGGUUGGGAUCCGGCUCGAUAUGGCAUCCCGAGCGACAUUGUAGCACAGACCGACGAGACGGCGGUCUAUGCUCUGGUCUGCAUCGCCGAGGCGCUGGUCCAGUCGGGCAUUGACGACCCCUACGAGCUCUACAAGCACGUCCAUGUCUCCGAAGUGGGCACUUCGCUUGGCUCCGCCAUGGGCGGAUUACACUCGCUCGCCAAGAUGUUCAAGGAUCGACGAGAUGAUGUCGAGGUGCAGAACGACAUCCUGCAAGAGACGUUCAUCAACACGGUUGCCGGCUGGACCAACCUUCUGCUACUCUCUUCAUGCGGUCCCAUCAAGCCAACCGUCGGUGCUUGCGCUACAGCUCUGCAAUCCCUCGAUGUGGCUGCCGAAACGAUCCGCUGCGGCAAGGCCAGGAUCAUGAUUGCAGGAGGAUACGAGAGCAUUUCGGAGGAGAGCAUGAUCGAGUUUGCCAACAUGAAGGCAACUGCUUCGUCGGAUGCAGCCUUCGCAGCAGGUCUUGCACCGGAGGAACUGUCCAAGCCAAUGACGAGCGGACGCAGCGGCUUUGUUGAGGCGCAAGGCUGCGGCGUGCAGAUCGUGAUGAGCGCUGCUACCGCUCUCAAGAUCGGAGCACCCAUCAACGGUAUCGUUGCGUUCACUCAGACCGCGACGGAUCGACAGGGUCGCUCGAUCCCAGCGCCCGGCAAAGGUGUUCUCUCAGCUACAGUGCCUCUAAAGCGCGCCAUGUCCAGCUGGGGCUUGGAUGGCAACGAUGUUGGUGUCAUAUCGAUGCACGGCACCUCGACCAAGGCCAACGACAAGAACGAGUCCAACGUCUAUCACACCAUGCUCGGAAAACUCGGCCGCGCCGAGGGCUGUGCAGUGCCUGCGAUGGCGCAGAAGUGGCUCUGCGGCCACGGAAAGGGCGGCGCUGCUGCUUGGGCGAUCAACGGACUCAUGCAGAGCAUCAACGACGGCAUUGUCGCUGGCAACCGCAAUGCGGACGACAUCGCCGGCGAGCUUCGCGAUUACAACCGCCUCUUCUAUCCUUGCCGUUCCAUCCGAUACGACCGCCAACGCCUAAACACUGGCCUGGUCACUUCGUUUGGUUUUGGUCAGGUAGGCGGUGUCGCGAUGAUCCUCCACGCUUCCCACGUGCUGGGCAAGCUGGAUCGCGAAACUCUCGAGGACUACCGAGCCAAGCGCGACAAGAGACAAGAGAUCACCUACCGCCGCAUGCACUCGCUUUUCACACAAGGUGAUCUGGUGCGCAUCAAGGACGACGCACCGUAUGCUGCUGAACAUGAAGUGGAAGUGAUCCUCGACAUUGAAGCACGCGCCAAACAAACCCGCGAUGGAUCUUACCGUGUUGUGCCCUCGACGUGCGCCUAG